GGGAGACGGAAGCUUCACUUCUCACCGCGGAGCACAGAGUUUCCAGGCUCUCUAGGACAACAUUCAGAAAGAGCAGGUUCCAGGAGCCAAGAUGCCUGUCCCUGCCUCCCCGUCCAACCUGCCUCUGCCGUCCGUGAUGCUGCCUCUGCUGCUGGGACUCACAGGAGCAGCAGGUGAGGAGGGGCUGCAGGUGCUUCAGCCUGAGAGGUCCGUGUCUGUCGCAGCUGGAGAGACGGCCACUCUGCCCUGCACUGCGACCUCCCUGAUCCCCAUUGGGCCCUUCAAGUGGUUCAAGGGGACAGGACCAGCCCGGGAGCUAAUCUACGAUUUCAAAGGAGAUCCUCGGGGCCACUCCCCCCGAGUAACAAAUGCUUCAGAUGCCACAAGGAGAGACAACAAGGACUUUUCCAUCCGCAUCCGGAACAUCACCCCAGCAGACGCCGGGACCCACUACUGUGUGAAGUUCCGGAGAGAGAGCCCUGCGGACGUGGAGUUUAGGUCUGGGCCAGGCACCCGGCUGUUUGUGCGUACUAAGCCAUCUCUUCCAAAGAUUUCUGCCUCCUCCAACCCAGCCCGCCCUGGCCAGACAGUGAAUCUCACCUGUGUAGCAGCUGGCUUCUUUCCCCAAAAUAUAUCUCUCAAAUGGUUUGAAAAUGGCAUGGAGCUUCCAGCCCAUCAGAGCCGCAUCCUCCCACCUGGAGAAGCUUUCUCCUACACCAUCAUCAGCAACAUCCUGGUGACCCUUGCCUUGACCUCACUCUACUCCCGGGUCACCUGCCAAGUGGUUCACAGUGAAUUGCAGCACCCCCUCAGUGGCCAUCUGAAUAUCUCCACAUUCCUUCAAGUUGUUCCCACAGUAAAUAUAUCAGCACACCAUGUCCCAAGCCUCCAGAUGGCCAUCCUCACCUGCCACGUGCAGAGGUUUUAUCCCAAAAGCAUGCAAAUCACCUGGCAGGAAAGGAAAGGAUGCUUCAGGACCUGUGAAGACUUGACCCCCACCAAGAACCCAGAUGGCACAUUCAGCCAAGACAGUCAUAAUCUGGUCAGCAUCUCAGAGGACAAAAGUCUGUUCACCUGUCAAGUGUCGUACAAGGCCCAGACACUGGUCCAGACCAGCUUCCAGCUGAGCGAGUUUACAGAACAGCAAACAAGUUUGGGUGCCAUAGCAUCCAGCUCUCUCUUUGGGACCGUCCUCCUGCUUGUCUGGAAGUUGCUUCCCUUGACUAUAUUUUCCAUCAUCUAUGUCCUCGGGAGGAGCCUCCCUUCCAGGUCUCGAGCACAGCAAGACCCUCUUCAGUGACAUAGAACCCUUGUCCUUUCCUGUCUUAUUCAGGAGGGCUGAUCCAGGAGGACCACUUGCCGAAAUGCCAGUAGCCACUACCCCAGCUUCUGCCUCAUCCGCCUUCUGACAUAUGUCCAGCUCUGGCUGCCCCUCCUUGUCUCCUGUAUCCCCAGAGGAAGUGAGAGUCUCGACUGGGAAAUUCAGUAGUGAGAGGUAGGCUCUCAUACCCUACCCAGGAAUGAAGCUUCUGCAAACACCUGAUCCUGAGCAAGAAACCCAGCAGAGGCAGAACGGGCUCCCAGGGAGAACCAUACCUGCAACCCUGAAGGCACCUUCCAAGCUCCUCAAGGAAAACUCGCUAUGGGCACCCAACUUCCAUGAGACAUUUACAGUCUCUUCAUUAAUGGAAAUAAAGGAAACACUAAUUGCCAAUAAA